CGGGGGAGCGGGCUCAUGACUCAGUGAGCGGCUGCAGCCCCUUUCCAGCCCCGCGCCCGGCCGGAGUCGGGGCGACCGCCUCGGAUCGUCCCGCAGCCUGUGCCCGGCACCAGCGAGAGAGAGAGACCUGCGCUCGCCUGCAGUGCAGCAUCUGCCAUGUCUACAGAGGGGCAGAGAGUUGAUGAUAGUCCAAGCACUAGUGGAGGCAGCUCUGAUGGAGAUCAGCGUGAAGGUGUUCAGCAGGAACAAGAAAGGGAGCAAGUUCAACCCAAGAAAAAAGAGGGCAAAAUAUCAAGCAAAACAGCUGCUAAACUGUCAACUAGUGCUAAAAGAAUUCAGAAAGAACUUGCAGAAAUUACAUUAGACCCUCCUCCAAACUGUAGUGCUGGACCCAAAGGAGACAACAUUUAUGAAUGGAGGUCAACUAUACUGGGGCCUCCAGGGUCUGUAUAUGAAGGUGGAGUUUUCUUCCUUGACAUUACCUUUUCACCGGACUAUCCUUUUAAACCACCUAAGGUAACAUUUCGGACAAGAAUCUACCACUGUAAUAUUAACAGCCAAGGCGUCAUCUGCCUGGACAUUUUAAAAGACAACUGGAGUCCAGCAUUAACCAUUUCUAAAGUUCUCCUCUCUAUCUGCUCCCUCCUCACAGACUGCAACCCGGCUGACCCCCUGGUUGGAAGUAUUGCCACUCAGUAUAUGACUAACAGAGCAGAGCACGACAGAAUGGCCAGACAGUGGACCAAGCGAUACGCCACAUAGGAACCUACUCUAGGAUUUGCUGGACCUGUGCAAGCACAUUCACUAAGUGCAUAAAUAGCCCUUCCCUUCAUUCUUAUUUUUUAUUAAAUUUUGAACCAUUUUGUGACAAAAGGUUGUCCUUACUUUCUUUUUGGUUUUAUUUUUAUUUUUAUUUGUUUUGGGGUUUUUUGUUCUGUUAACUUGAAAGUUGUUUCCCUCAAAUGUAGACAGGGAAUUUUGGUUAUCAGUGCAAAGAAUGUUGGAUCUGUAAUAGUAUAGAGCUUUGUCACAAAGCUUUGUAUUAAUGUGUGGGUUUUUUUUUUCUUUCAUGUGGUUUUUGGGAAAACAAACAAAUUCAGAAUUAUAUCUCGUUUCUACUUAAAUGUAGUGUUUAGGGUUAUUUUUUUGUACUGAAGUCUUUAAUGGUGGGUGCAUGCUACUGGGAACAAGUUUUGUAUAAAAGCUUAAAAUCAAGAAUCACUGUGCAUUACUAAGACUGUGUUUAUCACUAGCCUUCUGUUUCCCACACAAAAGGCUAUUGCGUUGAACAAAUUAAUAUGUAUUUUGAUUUACUUAAAAAAAAAAAAAGUGCUUGUAAAUUUCUUAGGGACCUGCCACUUUUGACUGUGGAUCAGUUGAUGUACACUUGUAUUAUUAAAGCACUCAAUAAAACACUGUGGCU